AGAACGUUCCUUUCCCAUUCCCACGUGUAUGAAUCCAGUUCAAUCUGGGCACGUGUGGAAAAUAAUAUUCAAUUAAUUUAAUUUAUAACCCCAGUACGCCAACAUUACACCACCAUGUCGCAGUACAACUUUAAGAAGAUUGCUGUUGUCCCAACAUCAAAGGACUUUAUUGAUAUUAUAUUAUCAAAAACUCAACGCAAAACACCUACAGUCGUCCAUAAACAAUACAAAAUCACGAGAAUAAGAUCGUUUUAUUUGCGCAAGGUCAAAUAUACACAGCAAAGUUUCCAUGAUCGUCUGUCACAGAUUCUCACUGAAUUCCCAAAGUUGGAUGAUGUGCAUCCAUUCUAUGCUGACUUGAUGAAUGUAUUGUAUGAUAAGGACCAUUAUAAAUUGGCUUUGGGUCAAAUUAAUACUGCAAGACAUUUAAUUGACAAUGUUUCUAAGGAUUAUGUGAGAUUGAUGAAGUAUGGAGACUCAUUAUACAGAUGCAAACAAUUGAAGAGGGCUGCCCUGGGUAGAAUGGCCACAAUUAUGAAGAGACAAGGCUCUAAUUUGACUUAUUUGGAACAGGUCAGACAACAUUUAGCCAGGUUGCCUUCUAUUGAUCCAUACACAAGAACUAUUAUUAUUUGUGGAUUCCCAAAUGUUGGAAAAUCAUCUUUCAUUAACAAAAUUACAAGAGCUGAUGUUGAAGUCCAGCCAUAUGCAUUCACAACCAAAUCUUUGUACGUCGGUCACACCGAUUACAAAUAUCUGCGCUGGCAAGUAAUUGACACUCCUGGAAUUUUGGACCAUUCUCUUGAGGAGCGCAAUGUUAUCGAAAUGCAAGCUGUUACUGCCCUGGCUCAUUUGCGUGCAUGCGUCUUGUAUUUCAUGGAUUUGUCAGAACAAUGCGGACAUACUGUUGAUGAGCAAGUCAAGCUCUUUGAAUCCAUCAAACCACUCUUCACAAACAAACCGCUUUUGAUUGUGGCGAAUAAAAUUGAUAUCGUGUCUUUGGACGAUCUGACACCUGAAAAACGCGCGUGUAUGAAACCUAUCGAAGAUGAUACCGAACUUACUCUUCUACAAAUGUCGAAUUUGAAUGAAGAGGGCGUCAUGGAAGUAAAAACCGAGGCAUGUGAACGUCUGUUGAGUUAUAGAAUUGAACAGAAAAUGCGCACCAAAAAGGUUGAUGGUGUUUUGAACAGAUUACACGUCGCCGUACCCAAACCACGCGAUGGAAAAGAACGAGUUCCUUGUAUUCCAGAGAGUGUACUUGCAAAGAGACAAGUUGCUGGUGAAAAACGCAAACGCAAGCUUGAGAGAGAUAUCGAAGAAGAGCAAGGUGAUGAUUAUGUUUUGGAUCUCAAGAAACACUACACUGACAUCCCAGAAGAGGAACGUUAUGAUAUUAUCCCAGAAAUCUGGGAGGGUCACAAUGUUGCUGAUUACAUCGAUCCGGACAUUUUCGAAAAACUCGCCGAAUUGGAACGUGAAGAGGAUGCUCGAGAAGAGUCUGGUAUGUACGUUGUGCCGAAGAUCGAACUCGACGAUACUAUGAAGGAAAUCAAGGCGCUGGCGCUACAGAUCCGGAACAAGAAGGCGAUCAUGAAGGACGAGGCCAGGGUCAACAAGCAGUGCAAGAAGCCGACAAUGCCACGCACAACAGCUGCGAAAGGUCGCGAUCGGUCUGUAUCACGUCUGCGAUCUGAAAUGGAGACUCUUGGUGUGGACAUGUCUGAAACCAACGAUGCUCACUUCACUAAGACCAAAGGUAAGAGUCGUGCUUUGGGACCAGUGGCUAAAAAGAUACGCACUGAUAUGUUGGAAGCCGCGUCGGAGAAUAAGAACAGGAGUGUUUCAAGAACUCCAAGGAAUCAAUUGGGCGUUAAAGAUGCUGCUAUGCAAAAGAAACUGGCUAAGAUUGCACAUCGUGCUAUUGCGAAGAAGGUUGGUAAAAUGGGUAUGAAAGGCGAGGCUGACAGGUUCAUCGGUACGAAAAUGCCGAAACAUUUGUAUUCCGGCAAACGUGGUAUUGGUUCAAAUGACAGGCGUUAAGGUAGGAACAUUUUAUAUUGUGUGUUUCAAUUGAUUAAAAGUUUGCAAACAA